UCUGUCUUGCUCCCCAUUCAAUGGCAGCUGUUAAGAUGGCUGCCAUCUCUGGGGACACUGCUUGUGAGCAGGAUAUUCGGAAAUUCUUUGGAGUUUUAACUCCUGGAAAGAAAUAUGAAGGCAACACUGCCAAGAAAAAUGAGAAGUCCAAAAACAGGGAGGGGACUUCAGACGAGAAGUUAAAACUGAAGGAAAUCAAGGUGAAAAAUACAUCUCAUGAAGAAGAUUUCAGACAAAAACAGACAAACAGGAAGAAGAGGAUAAUCUAUGAUUCAGAUUCUGAAGAGGAGGUGCCGUUGGCAAAGAAAUCUAAGAAGCCCCCAGACAGAAAACUGACUUCAGUACCUGAUAAGAUUCUAAAGAAGGAUCCUGUUGUUUAUGUUUCAGAGACAGAUGAAGAUGAAGACUUCGUGAAUGCGAAGGCUUCCCAAAAACAAAAGGAGAAUGGGACAUCUGCAGGCACAUUAAAAGUGGAUGCCAAAGCAAAAGUGAAAAGCAAACCCAUGUCACCUGUGAAACUGAUACCAACCUCUGUAAUUGAUUACUUUGGAACUGGUAGCGUGCAUCGAUCGGAGAAGAAACUGGUGUCAAGCAAACGGAAAGAACCUUCCCAAAGCGGUGAUUCUACACUAGAUGAUGAGGCUAUUGCCAGGCGACUACAGCUUGAAGAGAAUACAGAGAUUGAGAGACAGCUGCAUGAAGAUGAAGAAUUUGCUAGAACGCUGGCCUUGUUGGAUGAAAUACCAAAGAAAAAGCCUCAAAAAGAUCCAGACGAGAAACAGACAGUUUCAACAACCAAAAUUAGUCCAGAGCAAUAUCACAAAGUUAAACCUAGCAUUUCAACUCUUGACUCAAGACCUUGUUCUACAAAGGAUCGGAUUCACUCAGAAAGCACACGGACAUCAAGUCUUCAUUCAGAGUCUUCUGUUAGUAAAGAAGAGAAGGAUGGGAGAAACUCAAAGGCUAACUCCAAAAGUAUUAAAGUGCAGAAUGGGACUCCGAAAGGAGACAAAAUCAGAACAGAAAGUAUGACUCCAAGAGGAAAGACAGUGUCACCAAAGGAGGAGAAAACACCUAAAAAAGAGAAAGUUUCUCCCCAGAAAUCUAAGUCUGAAAGCCCAGAAGAUUCCGAAAAGAAGCGCAUGAAUUACCAGGCGUACCGAAGCUUCCUCAAUCGAGAAGGUCCAAGAGCGCUGGGUUCUAAAGAGAUACCACAAGGUGCUGAAAAUUGCCUGGAAGGGAUGACAUUUGUUAUCACAGGUGUCUUAGAGUCUAUUGAACGUGAUGAAGCCAAAUCUCUGAUUGAGCGCUAUGGGGGGAAAGUAACUGGUAACAUCAGCAAGAAGACAAACUACCUUAUUAAGGGUCGUGAUUGUGGUGUGUCAAAGUGUGAAAAGGCAUCCUCUUUAGGUACUAAAAUUAUAGAUGAAGACGGCUUAUUUGACCUGAUUCGGAAUACACCAGGCAAGAAGUCCAAGUAUGAAAUAGCAGCUGAAGCUGAGGUGAAGAAAAUGAGAUCAAAGAGGGAUAAAACCCCACUGAAAGCUGAGCAGGAAAAAAGAAAAAUUAGCCCCUUCAAGAGAGACAGUGAACCCAGAAAGAGAACCUGCACCUUUGAAAAAGAAGAUACUUUCAAAUCUGUCAAGAAGGAAGCUGUGGAAGCAAGGAGGGGUCUGGAUUUUGAUCAGAAAAUCUUGGAGAAAAAACAGGUCUCUGCUGAUGCUAGGAGCCCAGUUCAAGAAACGAGUGAAAAAGGAGUGGAGGAAUUAUUAUGGGUGGACAAAUACAAGCCCACAUCACUUAAAGCCGUCAUUGGGCAGCAAGGUGACCAGAGCUGUGCCAAUAAACUCUUACGUUGGCUUCAAAACUGGUACAAGAAUACGUCAGAGAACAAACAUGGAAAACCCAUUAAGUCUGGCAGCAGAGAUGAUGGUGCUACUUUCAAAGCAGCUUUGCUCUCUGGGCCCCCAGGGAUUGGUAAAACGACUACUGCUUCAUUAGCUUGUGAGGAACUGGGCUUGAACUAUGUGGAAUUAAAUGCUAGUGACACUCGGAGUAAGAAUGGCUUGAAGGAGGUGGUUGCUGAAUCUCUAAAUAACACCAGCAUUAAAGGAUUCUGUUCAGGAAUGUCAUCUUCAGUCAGCACAAAGCAUGUCCUAAUCAUGGAUGAAGUGGAUGGAAUGGCUGGCAAUGAAGACAGAGGAGGAAUACAGGAAUUGAUUGACCUCAUUAAGCAUACAAAAGUCCCAAUAAUUUGUAUGUGUAACGAUCGGAACCAUCCAAAGAUCCGUUCCCUCGUCAACUACUGCUUUGACCUUCGUUUUCACCGACCACGUGUGGAACAGAUUAAGGGUGCAAUGAUGUCUAUUGCUUUCAAAGAAGGGCUAAAAAUUCCACCUCCAGCGAUGAAUGAAAUCAUUUUAGCAGCUAAUCAGGAUAUUAGACAAGUUCUACAUAAUCUUAAUAUGUGGUGUGCUAGAAAUAGAACCCUGACUUACGAUGGUGUUAAAGAAGAUGCCAAAAAAGCUAAAAAGGACAUCAAACUGGGUCCUUUUGAUGUUGUCAGGAAAGUUUUUGCUACUGGAGAAGAGACAUCUCACAUGACCCUUAUUGACAAAGCCGACCUGUUCUUCCACGAUUAUUCUCUAGCCCUGCUCUUUGUCCAGGAGAACUACGUACAUGUGAAACCAGCUGCUGCUGGGGGUGAUCUGAAGAAACACCUGACGUUACUUAGCAAAGCAGCCGACAGUAUCUGUGAUGGUGACUUAGUGGAUCGGCAGAUCCGCAGUCGACAGAACUGGAGCCUUCUGCCUACACAGGCCAUUUAUUCAAGCGUUCUCCCUGGAGAGCUGAUGAGAGGCUACAUGAACCAAUUCCCAAGCUUUCCAAGCUGGCUGGGAAAAUUUUCAUCAACAGGAAAACAUGAUCGCAUUGUCCAAGAAUUGUCAAUGCAUAUGAGCCUGAGGACACAUGCAAGCAAGAGAGCUGUAAAUCUGGAGUAUUUGUCAUACCUUCGAGAUGCAAUUGUGAGACCUUUGACUAUCCUGGGAACUGAAGGAGUGCAGGGUGCGAUAGCGUUUAUGGAUUCUUAUUGCUUAAUGAAGGAAGAUGUGGAAAAUAUAAUGGAAGUAACCAGCUGGGGAGGCAAGCUCAGUGCAUUCUCUAAACUAGAUCCCAAGGUUAAAUCAGCUUUCACACGCGCCUAUAACAAGGAGGCACAUCUUACACCGUAUUCUUUGCAAAUAGUACAAAAGUCAAAGCAGCGUGCCGGAUCUAUACAGGAUGCUGAAUUUAAUGAAGAACAGGAAGCUGAUGAAGUUAGAUCUGAAAAUGAGCAGGAUAGUGUUGAAUAUGAUGCAAUGAUUAAGAAAAAGACCAAGACUGUCAAACAACCAAAAGGAGAAAAGAAAGGAGAGAAGAAAGGAGGGAAAGCAAAGCAAAAGUCAAAAUAAAAUGUUCUGUCCUGCAGGCUUUACAAGAAUAUUACUUUGUUUUGGACUGUCAGUAAAUUGGAUGGGCUAAAAAUGCCCCUCAUUGUGGUGAUACGACUACUGUGUUCCGCUACUGCUGUACGGCACUGUAAUAUAAUGACAUACUCCAUAGAUCGAACAAAUCAGUGGAGUCAUGGCUUUAACAUCAUUAGCAACAUGGUGGUAGUUGGGAACAGAUAAAACAUCUAUUGACAUUCUGUCUAUGGUUCAUUGAUUGUAAUGCUCAAACCCAACAGAGCUUGGCACUUUUUGUUGUCUUUGUCCCAGCAAGGCAGAGAGAUAAACCUAGAAAAAAAAUCCUAAGUUAUUUCUAGGCAUUUGAGGAAGAGACAAACCAAAGAGUUGGUUCCUGCCAGAUUUGGAUGUCAUGAUGAUAAGACCGUACGUUGAAGUGUAUGGUUUGCCAGCUCAUUCAAAACAAGCUAGAACCAUAAUAAUUUUAGUUUGUUGUGAUGUCUGAGCCUGUCCAUAAGCUAGCUGUAUAUGAAGCUCAACAUAGGCUUCAUUUUCAAAUUUGUAUAAAUGGAGACAGAGGUUUAGUAGGCUAGAUCUGGGAGAAAAUGAACAGAGACCCUUUGCAUUAACUCUGUAUUUCAGUUUUACAGAGCACUUGCUAUUUUUAAAAAUAUUACGUUGUAAAACCAUGUAUAUAGUAUAUAGUGAACAACCCUUAAAUUGGAUAUUACUUUUGUACAUGAGAAUGCAGCAAUAUGUACACGUUGCAAUAAAACUGGUUUCAUAUUUUAGCAGA